CAUUUGCUGAGACAGUCCGUAUCAGGCACAAAAAUACAUCACAGGAAAAGCAGCAAGAUUUUGCAAGGCUCAAGGAUUUCCAGUUCAUCAGUGGCUAACCAAGAAGGAGCACCUUUUCUGCUGCUAUGAAAGGAAACCUCUAAACCCUACCACUGUACCAUUAAGUGUUGUCAUCUACGAGAUCAGAAAGCAUGAAGGCUGUAGCUCUCUUCAUUUGUCUUGUAGGAUCAGCUUUUGCUAUUCCAAGUCAUCCCUUAAACUACAAACUUGGAAUCCAUGGACAGAAAACUCCUGAAAAGACUGAAGACAUCCACCCUGGAGCCCCAAAGGAAGAGAAUGCAGGAUAUGUAGACAAUGGUGAUUUGCUGGUCAGCCACAAAAACCUAAAACCAGAGUUAUCAGUACCAGGCGCUGAACGCGGUGGUGAGCCUCAGACCACCAGAAAACAAGGAAGAACUGGUAGCGAGCAUCAAGUGAAAAAUAGCCUAAAAAGCAUCAAUUUCCUUGUGCUGCACCAUAAACCAGCUUUGGCUUCUGAUAAUCAGGACAGUGACUCUGCAAGCAGUGGCAGAGAACAGCCUAGCUCUGAGCGUUACCAGUUCAGGAGGCAUGAGAAACACAGCAGUACGGUCAAUCAACAUGUUCUGGGCAAUGCAGAAAAUCCAGCAAAUGUUCUCAGUCUUUAUCAUGAGCAUAACACAUGGAAGUAUAAUAAAAACACAAUUGGCCUAUCUGAAAAAAACAGUGAAAGUGAAGAAGGAGGUGUGGAAGAAGAGGAUGAGGAAUGGGGUAAAGAAACUGAUUACAGAGAGACGAAGCACAAAGGCCAGCAGACAAAUCAAGGUAACCAAUACAAAAGGCAGCAAAAUGAAAACAAUAUGCAGUCUGAUGAAAUCCUGAGAGAUUCCAGUCAACCAAUGCGGAUAACCAAGAGACACGGUGAAAAAUUUAAGCUAGAAGAAGAGAGGGAAGACAGCCAGAAGAAGCCAUAUAAAGAAAAAAUCCCCCUCUCUGUAAAAACUCAUAACGAAGAUCAGGAUGACAAGCAGCAAAGCCAAGAGAGGAAAGCCAAUAUUCAAGUAAACUAUCAGAGUGAUCAUGACACAGUGGUGAAAACACAAGAUACAGAGGACAGUAUAGUUGAUAAUGAUGGUCAUGACAGUGGUGAUGUUGAUGAAGACCUCAGGAAUACUUGGAAAGAAGCAGCCUAUGAGGAAGAGGAGAGAAUCCAGAGUAAUGACCAGGAGAGCACCAGUACUGAGCAGAAAGAGGAAGGAACCACCAAAGAUGACACUGCAGUUCAUAGAGAGGCCGAGGAUUACCAAGCUGUCAAGAUUAAAGACCUUAUUCACUCUGAACAAGAUGAUGACUCUCAUGAACCACCUAAUUCUGACAGUGAGCAACAACUGGAAACAAGUAGCUCUGUUCAGAGCAUGAAUUCAAUGGAAAGUGAAGAUAAGGUUAAAACUACAGGCAGUUCCUAUGGUGAGAUGGAAAAUGCAAGCAAUAAGAGUGAGAAGGCUCUUCUGGACGCGUGCAGGAACUUCCACUGCAAAAGAGGUAAAGUCUGCCACGUGGACAAACAAGGGAAACCCAGCUGUAUUUGCCAAGAUCCUGUUGCUUGCCCUUCCACCAAAGAUUACGAGCACGUUUGUGGCACAGAUAAUAAGACUUAUGAAGGCAUAUGUCAACUCUUUGGCACCAAAUGUCAACUUGAAGGGACAAAAAUGGGACGCCAUCUGCACCUAGACUAUAUGGGCUCCUGCAAAUACAUCCCCCACUGUACUGAUUAUGAAGUGGAUCAGUUCCCCCUCCGGAUGCGAGACUGGCUCAAAAAUAUCCUUAUGCAAUAUUACGAACGUGAUCUGGAUACUUCUGGAUUCCUAACUGAAAAGCAAAGGAGCAAGGUGAAAAAAAUCUACCAGAAUGACAAGCGCCUUGUGGCUGGCGACCACACAGCUGAGCUGCUCCUGCACGACUUUGAGAAAAAUUACCAUAUGUAUGUGUAUCCUGUGCACUGGCAGUUUCAUCAGCUUGAUCAGCACCCCGUCGAUAGAUUAUUAACACACUCAGAGCUUGCACCUUUGAGAGCCUCCCUCGUUCCCAUGGAACACUGCAUAACCCGCUUCUUCCAGGAGUGUGAUGGAGAUCAAGAUAAAUUCAUUGCUUUGAAAGAGUGGUGCCACUGCUUUGGGAUUAAGGAAGAAGACAUAAAUGAAAACUUCCUGUUCUAAUCUUGGCUGAACAGAAUCCCAGUGCUGCACUUAAACUGGUGAAAUAUGCGAAUCCUGUUUAUUUCUGAAACUAACAACUUCAAGGUGGCAUAUGGUUCACUGCAUUCUUAUCAAAUAACACAAGUGCAGAAAAAUUCUAUAUUCAUUAACAGCAGAAAAAAAUUAACUACUUCAAGUGAUUCAUAGCUAAACAACCAGUGUUUUCCCCUCAUGUAUCAUUGAUCGCUCUGAACCAAUAAGUAGUACUAACCUGAUGAAUGAGCUGUUCACAAAACUCUUCAUUAGAAUUAUAGGAUGUGGAUUUUACCAUAUACUGAAAAAAUAACCUUGAAAUAGGACUUGUUUCCUUUAUUUACUUUAUUGUCCGUUUAACAUUUUGCAUAGAAGCCUCAAAUAAAAUAAAAGUCUGCCUAGAUAUUGGUUUUGUCAGAAGUUUGUCAAAGAAAAGGUAUCAAGGCAAUGGUUCAAUGAAAAUUUCAUUUUAGAUUUAAGGGAGGAGAAAAAACUAGAGUGUAGAUCAUAUACACCAGUCCUUAACCAUA